AUGAACGCCGACCUUGUAGACCUCGUUUUCCUAACCCGCUUCCAACCCUCAGCAGCUACCAUAUCCUCCUCCGUCGCAAUCGACUACGAAGACCACUCUCACCACACAAUGUCAGACUCAAGCAACGGCGCGGCGCCUGAGACGUGCCCCGUCGACCACAAGGCCCGCGAAGCAUGGCUCCAGCACGCCCGCGCCGCGAACCCAGACGCAGCACAACCUCCGCACCCGAUACCUCCAACCCAGGCAGGAUCCUCACAGUCCCAGAACGCGCAGUCUUCAUCGUCCUGGACGCAGUCUCUGCUGUCUUUGACGCCCUUCUCUUCUUCCUCGGCGCCGCCGCCGCCGCCAACCUUAACGAACGCUGCCACGACACAAGCUCCCGCUGCCUCCGCCGAUACCGCCGCCGAAGUCUGUCCUGUAGACCACAAAUCCCGCGAAGCCUGGCUCGAACAAGCCCGCGCCGCCUCCGCCGCGAACGGUUCCUCAAAUCCUCACUCACCACACCCCGCCAACCUCCCUCCUAACCCUCACCACCACCACCAAUCUCCCGAAGCCGCGCCAUCAUCACCACAGCCCUCGCGAUCAUGGACACAGUCCCUAAAGUCCUACAUUCCCUUCACCUCAUCAGCACCUACCACACAAACGAACACACCGAUCCUUGCACCACCCGCACCCACCAAAUCAGGCCUCGACACCGAGCGCGAGGUCUCGACGAUUCCCAGGACAGCGACGUCAGCGUACCCGGGUAUCAGCCGCCCGUCCAACCACGAGCAGGAGACGGGCUCGGACGAGGCGACGGGGAACUGGAUAUACCCGUCCCAAAAGAUGUUCUUUGACGCGAUGAAGCGCAAGGGCCACGAUACCCGCGCGCAGGACAUGGCGACCGUGGUGCCGAUUCACAACGCCGUGAACGAGAGGGCGUGGAAGGAGAUUAAGGAGUGGGAGGCGCCCUACCUCGAAGGCACAGCCUGCGACGGCCCCAAACUCCACUCCUUCCUCGGCCUCAGCACGAAUAUGUCCCCCAAGGCGCGCGUGAACACCCUGCUGGGCUACACCCCGCCCUUUGACCGCCACGACUGGGUCGUCGACCGCUGCGGCGUGCAGGUCGAGUACGUCAUUGACUUUUACGCCGGACGCCCCGACGCCCGCGGCAAGCCCAGCUUCUACUUGGAUGUGAGGCCGAAGCUGAACAGCUGGGAGGGUGUCAAGAUGAGGGCUUUGAGGGGUGUCGGGUUGGCUUGA